CUAUGUGUGUUAUGAUCCCUUGUUGUCUGCCUACUCGUUGUGUUUCCCUGCACCGUUGGAUUUCUGUUUGGACAGCUUUUGUGUUUCUGGACUUUGCCAUCAGCCACUCAGUUUGAAGUGCACUGUGCAGGUGAAGCUGGAGUUGGGCCACAGAGCCCAGCUGAGGAAAAAAGUUACAUCAGAAGGAUAAGAAGUUACACCCACGACUGGAUGGUGUUUGUCCGAGGCCCAAAGACCGGCGAAAUCCAGCACUUUGUCGAGAAGGUUGUCUUCCGCCUGCAUGAGAGCUUCCCCAAACCCAAGAGAGUAUGCAAGGAGCCGCCGUACAAAGUGGAGGAGUCGGGCUACGCAGGCUUCCUCAUGCCUAUUGAGGUCUACUUCAAGAACAAGUGCACUGUGCAGGUGAAGCUGGAGUUGGGCCACAGAGCCCAGCUGAGAAAAAAAGUUACAUCAGAAGGCUUCACCCACGACUGGAUGGUGUUUGUCCGAGGCCCAGAGACCGGCGACAUCCAGCACUUUGUCGAGAAGGUUGUCUUCCGCCUGCAUGAGAGCUUCCCCAAACCCAAGAGAGUAUGCAAGGAGCCGCCGUACAAAGUGGAGGAGUCGGGCUACGCAGGCUUCCUCAUGCCUAUUGAGGUCUACUUCAAGAACAAGGAGGAGCCAAAAAAGGUGUGUUUCAACUACGACCUGUUCCUUAAUUUGGAGGGCAACCCACCAGUCAACCACCUGCGCUGUGAGAAGCUCACCUUCAACAACCCCACCAAAGAAUUCAGGAGAAAGCUGAUUAAAGCUGGAGGGGUAUUGGUGGUUCCAGAGGGGGCUGAAGCUGUGUCGAGACCCAGUCCAGACUACCCGAUGCUCCCCACCAUACCCCUCUCUGCCUUCUCAGACCCCAAGAAGACUAAGACCUCUCAUGUGUCAAAGGAACCCAGCAAAGAAGGAAGUGGAGGCAGCAGCAAAGGACCCAAACCGCACAAGCUGACCAAGGAGCACCGUGAACGGCCGCGAAAAGACUCUGAGAGCAAAGCCACGUCGAAAGGAGACAACGAAAGAGACGGAAGCAGUAAGAGUGGUCGCGAUCCUUCCUCUUCCUCGUCUUCAAAAAAGCCGUCAGAAAUCAAAGUGAAAGAUGAAGUUAAGGUCCUACCCAAGGCCGCCUUUAAGGAGCCUAAACUCACCCUGAAGGAGUCAAAAAUGGAGGGCAUGUCCCCCAAAGGAGGGGGGGCUGGGAGUGGAGGGGGGGGUGGGGGAGGAGGUGUGGGAGGUCCCACAGAGCCCAAAGCCCCGGGGAAACGACCCUCCACUGUUGAGUCUCCCAAACCCAGUGCGAAGAAGCAGAAGAAGGGCAGCUCAGAGGGGCCAAAGGGGCAGACGGGUGGGGCCUUCACAGGAACUUCUCCUCGUGUUUCCUCCUCAUCUGCAGCUAGCCAGCCCUACGCAGAGAAGAAACCUCCCAAGGAAAAAGGUCGCUGGGCCAAAGGAAAGAAUGACACGCAGGAGCCGAAGGAGCCCAAAAAACUUCCAGAGUCAGAAGAGUCGAAUUCAGAGGACGAAGCAUCUUCAAAGUCAGAGCAGUCGGCCCCUUCAAGUCCUUCCAACUCCAGUUCUAGCUCUGACUCCAGUUCAGAUUCGGACUUUGAGCCGGGACAGAAACAAGGGCAAGGCCCCCUUCGAUCCAUGGUGGAGGAGAUCCAGUCAGAAGAGUCAGAUGACGAUGACAGCAGCUCAGAGGAGGAGACGCCCAUAAAGACCAACCCCCCCAACCGCGACUCUCGACUCAGCCUGGACAGCGAGAGUGACAGCAGUGAUGGCUCGCACAGCCCCAGUCGAGACCCCGCCCCUCCCCCACAGAAACACAACUCCUCCAAUAACAAAGUUUCAGGCAGAAAGAGUCCAGACUCCUCAUUUCGCUCAGAGAAGGUGUUGAAGAAGGGAUACGACAAGGUAGGAAGGGCCUACACAGAAGAAUUGGUGGACCUCCAUCGCAGACUGAUGGCUUUAAGGGAGCGUAAUGUCCUACAGCAAAUUGUCAACCUCAUUGAGGAGACGGGCCACUUCAACGUGACCAACACCACCUUUGACUUUGACCUCUUUUCACUGGACGAAUCUACCGUCCGCAAACUACAGAGCUACCUGGAGGCGACGGCCACGUGACAGGAAGUGGAAACCGGUGUGGGGAAACCAGCGUGUAGAUGGCAGCAGCGGUGGAGGUAGACUCGCCACCAUGUCUCCUCUUUAAGGAAGGGGACGAGCAGCCACAUCUGUCGCAGCUGUCUCACAGGGCUGACUGAACCAUCGAACAACUACCACACGAACAAACACAAGCACACACGAAGACACCACCUUCAGGUGACACUGUGGAGGAAACUGAAGGAGGAGGUGUGGAGGGGAGGGUGGGAGUGGGAGAGGAGUAGCUCAACUCCGUCUACUGUCAGGAUUUUCACUACACAACCUUUUUUUUGGUCUUUUUUUUUUUAGUCUGUGCAGCGCUGUGGAAUGCACCCCACACCCCCUCCUUCACCCUGCACUCAUAUUGCUCCCGCCUUUGCAAAGCCAAUACUCUCCCUCCUCCCCCCUUCACACUCCUUACUCGGCAGAACACUCCAGUUCCCUUCCCCCCUGCUGUCAGCUGGAGCUCAUUUCUCUCCCGACAUACUCUUGAGUCGUUUGUGUGUUGACUGCAUGUGUGUUUGUGUGUGCAUUUGAGCGCUGCUGAGGUUUAAGAGGUGUUGUCUUUGUUGUUACUGACUUCUCUUUGUUCGUGAAGCUUGUGCACAAACAGCCGGUUUCGUUCCUUCCCCGUACACACACUGUAAACAAAUUCAGAUUCAGGUGACACUUUACUUCAACCCCUCCUCCAUUUAACAUUUUUAAAUAGUGUAGAAGCAUUGAAUAAAUGGUUUAUAACACACUAUAAUGUACUUGGAAGUAGAUAUAAGUGUUCUUUUUAUGUAUUUAUCAACAACUAGAACUCCUCCUGUUGGCACCCUUACGUGGAGGCUGGUUUAUAAACAGAUAAUGAAUAACAAUAUAGUAAAACACACUAGAUUAAGUUAUUAAUACUGUAAAUUAAUAAACACAAAAUAUCCUUAUAGCUACAUUAUAGUGGGUUAUAAACCAUUUGUUACAUGUUUACAGUGCUUUUAAAUGCUAAAUGGGGGGGGGGGGGGGUUAAAGUAAACUGGUACCCAGAUUCAUGCACAUGUUUGUCUCCCAGGUCCUUACACUCAACACUGUACAUGAAGACACUGAGGUGUGCGUGUGUGUGCGUGCGUGUGUGUGUGUGUGUGUGUGUGUGUGAGAGAGAGAGGCUGUUUGGAUGAGUUUUCUCUGUUGUCUGAACUUUUGAAAACACAUGUUCUGUUGAGUUUCCCCUCUACUUCCUCGCACUGAAAGCUGAGCCUUGACCUCCUACCAACAGCUCCCCCAUUCCCCACUGAAGCCCACUCACUCCAUCCCUCCUCUCCCUCCUCCUCCCUUAUUCCCAUAUUGGCGUGCAUGAAAGGGCUCGCCUGCUCACGGCCAGAGCAGUGGAGGCUCACUCUUGAAUUGCCUUCUAAGUGAUGGGUAGGGUCGGGUGGGGAUUUCAUAAAGCCGUGAAAAAGUAGCCAUACUUGUCUCCCAGAAUCCAAAAAUAAGAAAAAAUAGGGGCCACGCUUUUUUACAUUUUAUUUUUCUACAAGUGCAUUUUGUGUAUUUAUUCCCAGAUUGCGGUUACGAUAACCUGUGAGCUAUGAAUGUAUAUCGCUUUUACUUUUCUACGGCUAGCAACAGCCCCACUCUAGUGCCUUUUUCUGCGACUUGCAGUGUGAGGGGGGGUGUGCGCUCUGUUAGCCAUGGUCACACAGACUUGAACCCCCACCCCCCCGCCCCACCCCCCAAAUACCCCCCUUUGGGGAAACGAGUAUCCAGUAUUGUCUUAAUGGCUUCUAUCCCUGCUACUCCUUUUCCAGUGUCUUUGUAGGCUGUUGCCGUUUUAUCAGUGACGUUUCUGUUAAUCAAGCCCUCUCGAAAUUUUCAGACCACUAAUUUUCACUGAUGGUCAUGUUUUUAUGUUCUUGCUUUCUGAGAUUAGGUUCAGUGUUUUACAGAGGAAGUGUCAGGUGACUGUGUGGUAGUUGCUCACAUUAAUUAGCUCUAGUAACAGUUUCUUCAGGUGUGUUGUGUGUUUUGUGAGAGACGGUUGUUGUUGAAUAUGGUGGGCGUACCCUCUUCAAGCGGGUUGAAGUAUUUGAACUUAUGUGUGGUGGAGCGUUUGAUACCAAGUUACCAGGCACUUGAAGAGCUUCAACAAAGGCAGAAAAAUAAGCUAAACAAAACACUCUGUGUGUUUUCUUUCCCUAUAUAUUUGAAAUGUAUUUCUCAGGGGCCUGCAUCAGGAAGCAAGAUUUCAAGGGUUAGACAGAUAACUUAAACCCAGGCUGUGCGGUCUCACAAAGCUGGCUCAAUUUUACUUUAAGCAAUUUACAUCACUAAACCUAUGCUGCUUGGCAAACCUCCUUCAGAGAAUUUUCUGUUUAGAGGAUUAAAUCAAAACCUGUAAACGACUAGUAAUAAUGAGCACAAAGAACUGUAGAUUCACUUAGAAUUAUGUUCUAUAAACUGCAUCAGACAUUUAAGAAAUGGUUGUACCAGAAGCAGUUACCCAGUGUUUUUAAAAAUAAAUAUUUGUUUGCCUUUUAUUAGAGAUGACAGUAACAGGAGUGGUAACAGGAAAUGAGGGGAGGUAAGAGAGGGACAAUGACAUCCUGUUGUGUGUCAGCGUCAUAACCGUGAAGCCACAGGGGCGCCUGCAGUUGCCCACUUUUUAACAGUGCUUCUAGCAUGUAGCACAAGCAGGUUGGCCAUAGUUUGCGAUACUGAAGUUGCAUUUAAUUGCACUGCAAUUCUUUAAUAGGCUCAACAAAGUUUAUUUUGAAUUAUGCAUUACUGCAGCUCAGAAGAACAUGUAGACGAUGAUCAUAAGCAAAAAGAAAUACUCCCUAUUAAAUAUUAUAGCCACACACUGAAAAUUUGCUUCUAGCAUUAUAUUCACAGCAUCUAGCCACGUAAAAGGCGUUCUGCUAUACAGAGAUGAAGCAGUGCAAUUUCCACUGCUGAGCAUUACUCACCCACUGCAUUAUUUUUAAUGUCAGGACUGCAUUAUUACAAUUAUGUCAAAGCCACUUUCCAAAGGAAAUAAAGGUAGACUUAAAAUCGUCGUUUAAUAAUCAAUGAAACCCAUGUUUAGGGUUAGCUUACCGUAACCUUGUUCAGACUGUCAUUAUUUUUAUGUGCACAUUUACUCUCUUGCUCUUUGCAGCAGAAAUAGUGUUAUAUUUAACUGUCAGGUUCUGGAUUGCUCAGAAUGAUUAAUUUGAAAUAUUUGUUCAACAAGAAACAUAUAAGCAAAAUGUCAAUAAUCAACUUUUUCUCACUCUACAACAUGUUCAUGCACAGUUUGAGGAAGCCUUUAGAGCAAUACCCACUAUUAGAUAUAGCCUAUUACUUUUAGUAUUUGGUUAAUAUAAUAUAAUUAAUAGUUAAUAUGAUGUUUUCUAUUUCUUGUGAUCUUUUUAUAUCUUUUUAACUUGCUGCUGCACUGACAAAAAUUCCCCAGGGAGAUCAACAGUUUUAUCAUAUAAUAAAUUAAGGUACUGUUGAUGUGACGUGGCAUCUUUUUGUUACACUUCUUUAAUGUAAACAAACCCCAACACACUGGUAAAUUGUGGGUUAACAGAGCCAGGAGCCAGCGUUGUGAGACCAGCUCACCAGUGUUAGGUUUUGUGAAGCCAGAAAACCGAAGGAAAGCCAGACUGAGGUGAACUUAGUUCUUUAUUCAGGCCCCUGGUGUGUUAGUUCCUGUGGCCCCUCCAGGCUUCACACACACACACACCACCAGCCCACUAUGGGACAAACCUUCAAUGAGCCAUUGCCUCCCUGCCUCCCUCCCUCCCUCCCUCCCCUCCUCUUCUGUUCUUCCUCCCGACAGUGUUUUUAUUCUGACGCUUUGAAAGCUUUAAUACUUCGCUCUCCUUUUCUGUUGCCUGCCUGGCUCAGCGACCUGUACACACUCCCUCUGCCCUUAUUGUAAACGCCGCCUGAGCACGGAAAAUGUGUCUCCAAAAAAAAAGACAAGAAAAGAAAGAAAAACCAGGAUCCCUGCCGCCUUAUGUGCCCUGCAGUAACCCCCUCCUGCCCUCACCUCUUCCCCCUGUCCCACCCUCAUGUUCUCUAGGUGUGCCUCUGUCAACAGAACUUCAGGCCGUGAUUACUGAGAAUGAACUUUGAAACUGUGUGAGUGACGUUUGUGCAUCUGCGAGUGUGUUUGUCAGUGACAGGAGAGAUUUAAAAACCGACCUUCCUGUCCUCUUCUCUGUGCAUCGAUGUGGGAACUUUUAAGUCCUAGUUCAUGAACUCUGACCUUUGACCAGGCACUCAUUCAGUCCCUUGUUGUUGUGGUUGAGAGGGGAGGUUACGUGGGGAUUCGAGAGAUGCCCCACUGUCUACCCACAGUCAAUGUUUUAUUUAUGGACCUCUGCACUUUUGGCUGUGAUGACUUCAGUACUUAAGUAGUUACCUAAACUGUAUUUUUAAGGAUUUUAUACAAUAUUUACAUGCAAUACAAUAUGAAUUUUUUUUUCUUUGCCAACCAUUUUGUUUCUUAUUUAAUUGUUUUUAUUUUGGCAUGAUUUGUCACUAUUAUUCACAAACAUGCCUGUUGGAUCUAUUUUAGGCAAAAUGUUAUGGGGGAUGUUCCCUGUAUGUUUUUGUGUGUCAUGAUUCUGAUGACAGCUGAACACCAAGAAGCAGGUGUUGGAAAAUAUUUGCUGGAUGAGCUAAACUUCACCCUCUGCUUCCAGUAGGAAUAACUGGACCAGAACGGGGACAAGAGGAGUCCACACUUUGGUUCAGGGAACUGACUGUUGAGCUAAAAUGUUAAAUUUCUGUCAUGUCCAGUUAUGAUUUGGGUGUUUCUUUUCUACUCAUUCAUGGAAGUAUGUACCCAAAAGCCUAAUUGUGUUGUGUUAUGAUAACUUGAGCCUGAAGAAACACAUCAUAGGAAACAAUAGAGUUGUGAAGUGGGAUGGAGCUGUUUUGAGCGCUCCUGGUACCGGAAUAGCAUCAUUCAUUUUUCUAUAGGCGGUGUUUCGUGACUCACAGCUUGAGCACUUCUAGGAUCGGCAUGAAAACUGAUUUUACAAUCUGCCGCUUAAAUCAGUUCACUUUUAAUUUUUGAGUCCCUUUUGGAUGAAUUCCGCCACAUUGGCGCCGCGUUCUGUUAAUAACUGCAACAGUGAGUUGUUUUUAUUUCACUCAUGUUACCUGAUUGGUCCAUCUGUCCUUCUCCAUGGCAACUGCGGCUGAGGCUCAUGGGUAUUGUAGUAUUUAGAGCCGUCCGUUAUGCCAAAAUAACAAAUAAAACAUGAUUUCUCACAAACAAAGUUGAAUUGAUUUAAUCUGGUGGUUCUACUGUACACCUAUAUGAUUGUUACAUUAUCUGGUUCGAGUCCUGGGUGUCUAUGUUAAGCAAUAUUUAAGAUUAAAAACUGAAUGGUGAAAACCACUUCCGGAACCAGUGGCCCCUCCCACAUCACAACUCUGAGGAGGUCUGUGGGAGUGGAGCAUUUCAGCUGAGACUAUUAUAUAUAUAAUAUGUGUAUAAUACAGCAAAAGUAGAAUAUCUACUGUGUGGAUCUUUAGAGGAUGAGGACAAAGCGAAACUAUAGACCUUGCAAAUACAUGGAGGGGGGUGGGAGGGGGCAUGUGCAGACGGGAUAUUUCCUGUGUCCGUGGUCGUCAUAAUGUGUCUGUGACAAGGAGACAGGUUUGUCUGUAUUUAUAAAGGUUGGAUUUUUUUUAGCUGGGAUGUAAAAGAGGGAGGGUGGAGUCCAAAAUAUGUUCCAUAUAUGUGGUCCAAGCUCCAAACGAUGGGCAGAACAAAUGAACUGGAUGAUGAUGAUGAUGAUGAUGAUGAUGAACAAUUUGGUAUUUUUGAAAAUAAAAAAAACUUGGCAUUACAAUGCCACCAUGUGGCCAUAUGAUGCAAGUUGUUAACAAGGACAAAACAUGUUAUUUUAAUGUUAUUUUUUAUUUUGAAAUCAUAUUAUUAAUAAAGUCAUUAAGUACUGUUG